AUGGUUGCUCGGUCGGUGGAGAAAUGGGUGCUACGAAAGAUUAAAUCUUCUCAUAGAAAACGAAUAGAUCCCGAUGGGAUUUGGAAAGAGAUGCGAUCUUUAAGAGAUUCCAAGCUUUGUAGAGAAGUCAUCGACGUCGUUGGAUGGAGAGGAAAACUUUGUAUGGUAAACGUGAAAGGUGAUUGUGCAAAACAAGGGUUUGUUUACGAUGUGGAUUCCAAUGAGUGGGUGACAAUGGCGGAAGGGAUGUUAGGUGGUUGGAAAGGGCCAGCGACAUCGAUGGAUGAAGAGACGAUAUACGUGGUGGAUGAAUCAAGAGGUAUAUUGAAAAGAUACAAUAACGAUAGGGAUGACUGGCCGGAGGUUAUGGAGGAUAAGAGGCUGAAAGGGGCUGAGUACGUUGCCACCGGGGGUGGUAAAUUCUUUUUCGUGAGAUCAGACAAGAAGGUGAGAGGUAUAUUGAAAAGAUACAAUAAUGAUAGGGAUGACUGGCCGGAGGUUAUGGAGGAUAAGAGGCUGAAAGGGGCUGAGUACGUUGCCGCCGGGGGUGGUGAGAUCAGACAAGAAGGUGAGAGGGUAGGGUUUGAGGUGGUUACGUUAGAUGGUCGUACUGCUCCACUUGCUUCUACUAACAAUUCCAGCUAA